AUGACCUGCAGCUUUUCCUUACAGUGCGACAGAGCUGACAGCCUUUCUCUCUUUGACCUCACCUCUGGCGCCUCUCCUGCUCCUGCUGCCGAUGCUGAUCCCACUGUCCGCUCUCAGUGGGCCACCCGCGAUGCUGCUGCACGUCUUGCUGUGCGUCGCCACCUCCCUACCUCUGAGCGUGCGCAUUUUAGUCAGUACAAGGGUGCUCAGACCUUGUACGACGCUGUAGUUGCACGCUACUCCUCUCCUGCCACUGCUGCACUGAGCCGUCUCAUGCUUCCCUACCUCUUUCCUGACCUCUCUGCCUUUCCCACUGUCGCUGACCUCAUUACGCACCUCCGCACUAGUGACACUCGCUACCGCGCCGCCCUUCCUGCUGAGGGUGCUCUCCUUCCCCCUUGCUGCCCUCUGUUGCCUCUGCUGCUGCGGCCGACCUGCUUGGUCUUGAGUCGGUCGGCGCGGCGUCUGCCCCUAGUGGGAGACGUCGCUCUGGCAAGGGCAAAGGGGGGCAAGGGCGCGGGCGGAGCUGGAGGGGGCGGUGGCGGUGGCGGCGGAGGCGGCGGAGGGAGUGGGGGUGGCGGCGGGAGUAGUGGUAGUGGUGGUGGUGGUGGUGGCAGCAGCGGCGGAGACGGUGGUGGUGGUGGCACCGGUGGUGGUGGAGGCAGCAGCGGGAGUGGAGGCGGUGGAGGUGGAGGCGGUGGAGGUGGAGGCGGUGGAGGCGGCGGCGGAGGAGGCGGUGGUGGUGGAGGAGGUGGAGCUGGUCGUGGUGGUACCCAGCAGCGGAGCGGCGGUGGUGGUGGCCAGCGCUCGCAGCGGCAGCAGCAGCAGCGUUCGCGGGACAUCCCUCCGCCUCAGCAGCUUCGUGAGUGGUACACUGCGCGUCAGAGGGGUGGGGGUACUGGUCCCUGCGCCUACGUUCUUCGUUCCGGCGACCGCGCGGCGAUCUUUGAUCUUGAUUUUGAUGCUAUCCUUUCUGCUAUGUAUGCUGUGACUUAUAGUGAGGAGAAUGAGGGUUACCGGUGUUUCCAGCCCGACCCGGGCAUUGGUACUGCUGCACUAGGUACUUGUGAGGCUGCUGCUCUAGGUGCCAGUGCGUCUGCGCUCUCAGGUACUAGUGAGACUGCGCUCUCAGGUGCUGGUGAGACUGCGCUCUCAGGUACUGCGUCGCCCUCGUCCUCCCUCACUUUCACACUUGACUCUGGGGCUUCUCGCUCCUUCUUUCGAGACCGCACUACCCUCACGCCACUUGGCCGACCGGUUGCGGUCUCCCUUGCUGACCCCUCUGGGGGUCCUGUCCUGUCUCACUUCUCCACUGUCCUCCCGUGUCCGGCUGCCCCUUCGGGCACCCUGUCUGGUCUAUACCUUCCCUCGUUCUCUACGAACUUGGUGAGUGGUGCGGACCUACAGGAUGCGGGGGUUCACCAGUUCACUCCUGCGAGGCGGCGGGUGACCCACUGCACGGACGCAGACACAGGCCGACACCUGGCCACCUUUUCGCGUCGGCCGGGGUCGAGUCUCUACACCCUGACCACUUCGUCUCCUCCUGUCCCUGUGUCUGGUCAGGUAGCUGCGUCAGGUCAGGUGUUUGCUGCUGCGUCCCGGUCAGGUCCUGAGUCUGCCCCCUGUUCCUGUCGCCUCCUGUCUCACGAGACUCUCCUGUGGCACCACCGUCUAGGCCACCCCUCCUUGGCUCGUCUUCGGAGCAUGGCCUCCCGUGUCCUUGUCUCUGGUCUUCCCCGGUCUCUCCCUUCUCCCCCCCCCGGGCCAGGGCCUUCCUGUGUCCCCUGUGUCGAGGGUCGCCUCCGGGCUACUCCUCACUCCUCCCACUUCCCCCCGACAGAGGCUCCGCUGCAGACGCUUCACAUGGAUGUGUGGGGCCCGGCCCCCGUCCGUGGGCAGGGUUACGAGCGCUACUUCCUGUUGGUGGUUGACGACUACUCGCGUUACACCACAGUCCUCCCCUUGCGCAGCAAGGGUGCUGUUACUGAGGUGCUGAUCGACUGGAUCCGCGAGGCUCGUCUCCAGCUCAGGAAGAGCUUCGGCUCUGACUUUCCUGUUCUGCGUCUGCACUCGGACAGAGGCGGAGAGUUCUCCUCUCGCCUUCUGCGAGACUACUGUCGUGCACGGGGGAUCCGCCAGACCUUCACGCUUCCGGACUCACCACAGCAAAAUGGGAUUGCUGAGCGCCGCAUUGGCAUGGUCAUGGAUGUCGCUCGUACGUCCAUGAUGCAUGCGGCUGCCCCCCAUUUUCUGUGGCCGUUUGCGGUGAGGUACGCGGCGCAUCAGCUCAACCUUCACCCGCGGGUCUCUAGGCCUGCGAUGUCCCCAGCCUUGCUGUGGACGGGGAAGGUUGGCGAUGCGUCUGUGUUUCGUGUCUGGGGAUCUCGGGCGUUUGUCCGCGACUUGUCUGCGGACAAGCUGUCCCCUCGUGCUGCUCCCUGUGUCUUCCUUGGCUUCCCCACUGACGCCCCAGGGUGGCAGUUCUACCACCCCUCCUCUCGUCGUGUUCUGUCCUCCCAGGACGUCACGUUCGACGAGUCGGUCCCCUUCUACCGUCUCUUCCCCUACCGCACUCCUUCCCUCCCCCCUCCCCCGGACUUCCUUGUGCCGGUAGACGCCGUUGACCCGGUCGAGGUUACUGGUGACUCUGGUGCUGCUGCGGGUGCUGAACCUGGGGGUGCUGACUCUGGGGGUGCUGCCCGCGGGGGUGCUGAGCCUGGAGGAGCUGCUGCUGGGGGUCCUGAGCCUGGGGGUGCUAGUGCGGAGGGUGCGGAGCCUAGGAGUGCUGCGCCGGGGGGUGCUGUCACUGGAGGUGCUGGGUCAGGGGGUGCUGAGUCGGGAGCUGCUGAGCCUGGGGGUGCUGAGUUGGGAGCUGCUGCGCCUGGGGGUGCUGUGUCUGGAGCUGCUGAGCCUGGGGGUGCUGCGUCUGGAGCUACUUCGCCUGGGGUUUCUCCUGCUGCUCAGCCUCCCCGGGAGCCUCUCUCUCCACACGAGCUGCGCGAGUGGUUCGCUCGUCGUUGGAGGCGUGCUGCUGAGUCUGGGGGUGCUGCUGGAGCUGGAGCUGGACCUUCUUCGACUGACGAGGGUGCUGGUGCUGCCGGUCCCGGAGCUGCUGGGCCUGCGGGCCCUCUUGGGGCUGGCGCUGCUGAGGGUGUUGGUGCUGAGACUGCUGCUGUUGGUCCUGCUGCUGGAGGAGUUGGUGGCCCUGGUGCUGUCGCUGAGGGUGCUGGAGCUGUCCCUGCUGCGCCUCGAGCUGCUGAGCGGCCUCGACCGUACUUCGUUCCGCUCUUGCAGCAGGUUCUUGGUCUUUCUCCUCCGGUAGAGAGUCCACCGCCUGUCCAGUCACAGUCCCUGCUGGAGCCUUCCUCUCCGCUACCUGCUCCCUCUCCUUACACUGGUCCUACUGGAGGUCUUGCUGGACGUCGUCAGCCUGCGUCUUGUCCUGCGUCGCCUGUUCGUCCUGCUCGCGCUACUGGUCGCGGUUCGCGUCAGCGUCCUCCUCCUGUCCCUGGCACGCACCAGAUGUCUUUGCGUCCGUCCACUGCUCCUCUGCGUGCCCCUUUGCCUUCUCCUCCUGCGUCCUCUCUUCCUGCGCUUGCCGACCCUGCGUCGGACUCUCUGCGUGCUGCCAGUCCUACUGUCACGCGUUUCCUUGCUACUGUGGUCACUGACCCUUCUUUCGAGUCUUCUGCUGCGUCUGCCCUACUCACUGAGCUUGUCGACUUUGCUGCUCGCUGUCGCUUAGACUACGCUGCUAGUCUUGUUGCUGAGUCUGCGUCUGUCUGUCCUCCGUCCGUCGGGGGUGAGUGUGCUCUUGGCACGGACGUCCUAGAGGACAGGCAGGAGGAGUUGCAGUGUCUAGCGGCUGCUUCACCUCAUCUCGCGUCUGUACUGCUUGCCCCUGAGGGAGACCCGGAUGCACUAGACAUCCCGACUCCGCGUUCUUACGCGGAGGCUGUAGAGGGUCCCUACUCCUCUCAGUGGCAGGCAGCUAUGGAUGCAGAAAUGGCUUCCUGGAAGUCCACAGGCACCUACGUUGACGCAGUUCCCCCUCCUGGGGCGAACAUCGUCAGUGGCAUGUGGAUCUUCAGGGUGAAGCAGCCGCCGGGCUCUCCGCCUGUCUUCAAGGCGCGUUACGUCGCUCGUGGCUUCAGUCAGCGGCAGGGAGUUGACUACUUUCAGACCUUCUCUCCCACUCCGAAGAUGACCACUCUUCGGGUGCUGCUGCACGUUGCCGCUCAGCGCGACUACGAGCUUCACUCUCUCGACUUCAGCACUGCGUUCCUGCAGGGUAGCCUGCACGAGGAGAUCUGGCUGCGCCGUCCGCCUGGCUUCACUGGGACUUUCCCUCCUGGCACCCAGUGGAGCCUCCGACGGCCAGUCUACGGUCUCCGCCAGGCACCGCGUGAGUGGCACGACACACUGAGGACUACGCUUGCGGCUCUUGGGUUUGCUCCUUCCACUGCUGACCCGUCGCUGUUUCUUCGCACCGACACUUCCUUGCCGCCGUUCUACAUCCUCGUGUACGUAGACGACUUGGUCUUUGCCACAGCGGACACUGCUGGACUCGCCUACGUGAAGUCCGAGCUGCUGAAGAGACACACGUGCACAGACCUGGGUGAACUGCGCAGCUACCUUGGCUUGCAGAUCACUCGGGACAGAGCACGCCGCACCAUUACCCUGACUCAGUCACACAUGGUGCAGCAGGUCCUUCAGCGCUUCGGCUUCACGUACUCCUCGCCUCAGGCCACUCCUCUGCCUACUCGCCACUCGCUCUCAGCUCUGCCUUCGGAUGAGUCCGUAGAGUCGAGUGGCCCGUAUGCAGAGCUUGUUGGCUGCCUCAUGUACCUGAUGACCUGCACACGACCUGACCUUGCAUACCCUCUGAGCAUCCUUGCACGCUAUGUUGCUCCUGGGAGACACCGACCUGAGCACAUGGCUGCAGCGAAGAGGGUAUUGCGCUACCUGUGCAGUACGUCGGGCAUGGGGCUAGUGCUUGGAGGGCGGAGUCCAGUGGUCCUUACGGGCCACGCGGACGCUUCUUGGGCUGACGACCAGGCUACGCAGCGGUCGUCACAGGGUUACACCUUCAGCCUUGCCGGGGCCAUGGCUGCGCAGGAGCUUCGCUGGCUCACCUACCUGCUGACUGACCUUGGAGAGCCGCCUCGUUCUCCUCCAGUGCUGUACGUAGACAACAAGGCCAUGCUGGCCUUGUGUCGAGAGCAGCGUCUGGAGCACAGAACGAAGCACAUUGCUCUCCGCUACUUCCUUGCUCGUGAGCUGCAGCAGCGUGGUCAGCUGCGACUUGCGUACGUGGCCUCUGAGGCCAACACUGCUGAUGUGUUCACCAAGGCACUCGCGCCUUGUGACCAUCAGCGCUUGUGUACCCAGCUGGGUCUUGUGCCUGUCUUGCCUCACUUGCUCUCUUCUUGA